CCACUGGGAAAGGCUGACAAGGCAGCUGGCCAGCCCCUCCUCCCGCUGCCUCUGGCAGCCCCACCCUGACCUCCGGGAUCUCAGAACCCCAGGUCUAAGAAGUGGACACACCACCCUGCAGCUCCCAGCGGUCAUGGACCCUGAAGGCCUGGCGCUCCUGCUCCCCCCCGCCACUCUGGCAGCCCUGGCAGACACCUGGCUCCGAGAGGACUGCCCGGGCCUCAACCUCUCCGCCCUGGCCACUGGGGCGGCUCCUUCGCAGGCGGCGCUGUGGGCCAAGUCGCCGGGCGUCCUGGCUGGGAGGCCUUUCUUCGAUGCCAUCUUUGCCCACGUCAACUGCCAGGUCUCCUGGUUCCUCCCCGAGGGAUCAAAACUGAUGCCCGUGGCCAAGGUGGCAGAGGUCAGGGGCCCUGCCCACUGCCUGCUGCUGGGGGAGCGAGUGGCCCUCAACAUGCUGGCGCGCUGCAGUGGGGUGGCCAGCGCUGCAGCGGCGGCCGUGGAGGCCGCCAGAGGGAGCGGCUGGGCCGGACAUGUGGCUGGCACGAGAAAGACAACGCCGGGCUUCAGGCUGGUGGAAAAGUACGGGCUCCUGGUGGGCGGGGCCGCCCCCCACCGCUACGACCUGGGGGGGCUGGUGAUGGUGAAGGACAACCACGUGGUGGCCGCCGGUGGUGUGGAAAAGGCGGUGCGAGGGGCCCGGCAGGCCGCCAACUUUACCCUGAAGGUGGAGGUGGAGUGCGGCAGCCUGCAGGAGGCCCUGGAGGCAGCUGAGGCAGGGGCGGACUUCAUCUUGCUGGACAACUUCAGGCCUGAGGAGCUGCACCCCACUGCCCAGGCGCUGAAGGCCCGGUUCCCAACUGUGGGUGUGGAAGCCAGUGGGGGCAUCACACUCAGCAACCUCCCUCAGUUCUGUGGACCCCAUGUCGAUGUCAUCUCUUUGGGGAUGCUGACCCAGGCUGCCCCAGCCCUUGAUUUCUCCCUCAAGCUGUUUGCUGAAGGUGCUACUCCGGUGCCUUAUGCCCACAGGUCCUAAAACGGACGUGGAGGAUGCUGGCUGUGGGAGAGCACACUUUGCUGGGGACCCUCCCAGCCACACAUUGUUAGGUCCAGGGGCCCACAGGAGCUUCUCAGCUUUAGCCUGGGUGGAAGUCUGUCUCUGCCAUGUGCUGCUAUGUGACCUCCAAGGACGGACUUCACCUCUCUUCACCUCAGUUCCCUAAUCUGUAAAAUGGUUCUAGCAAGUGAGCAACAGUAUGAAUUGGGGAGUGAUAAUACAUAGUUAAGUGUUCAGUAAAUGUUAGAAAUUACCAGAGUUCAUCUCUUCUGUGAUGCAUUUUUUCCCCCUCAUAUGACCUUCUCUGAAGUCAAGGUGUCUUUAAGCAGUGAUACUGUCUAACAGCCACCUUUGGCCAGGGGCAGAUCAAGAAUGAGUUUACUUCCCAGACAGAUCAAGACCUUUGUCUUUAUGCACCAAACAGCACUGAGCGCUUGCCAGGGCCAGCCUCAGAGCGCACAGUGGAGAUUCAUCCAGCAGCAGAUGCUGGCAAACUUGGGUCCUGCCUUUGCUGAGGCCCUGAGCCAAAGGGCCGGCCCCCACAGGAGGCAGCCUAGAGGUGCCCCUCAUUCCUGUCUCUAAUCCACCCCUCUGCCCCUGGGUCCCAUAGUCCUUCCUCCAGCAUGAACACAGACCUUCUCAGCUGACAGCCUUCCCUGCUCCAGGGAACUCCCGACAAAAAGCCCCAGCUCCUCAGACCCGAAAAGGGAGAACUGAACCCCUAUAGAUCCGGGGGCACU